CUUCCCUCCCUUCACUCGGGAGUGCCACAGAGAGACGACUUGAUCGAGUGGGACUCAGGAUGCCUGCGUACGCCACCAACAUGAGGUUCAAGUUCUCCCUGGUGGCUUUGACUUUGGAGCUUAUCACGAUCAUCCUGUUUGCAGUCUUUGUGGUUUACGAUGACGGGAAAGGUCACGGCCACGGCCACGACCCGGACGGCAAUGACACCGACCACCACCAAGAGCCUAUGGAGCUUUAUCCCAUGUUCCAGGAUGUUCACGUGAUGAUCUUCAUCGGUUUUGGCUUCUUAAUGACCUUCCUGAAGAGAUAUGGCUUCAGCAGCGUGGGCAUCAACUUACUUCUGGCCGCCUUCGGCCUGCAGUGGGGCCUCAUCAUGCAGGGCAUUUGGCACCUGGAUGACGGCAAGAUUAAAGUCAACAUCUUUAAAAUCAUCAACGCGGACUUCAGCACUGCCACGGUUCUGAUUUCUUUCGGCGCCGUUCUUGGUAAAACCAGUCCGCUCCAGUUGCUGAUCAUGACCGUCCUGGAGAUCUCCAUCUUCUCCAUCAACGAGCAUCUGGUGGUAGAAAUCAUGGGGGCUAAUGACGUCGGGGCUUCCAUGAUCAUCCACGCCUACGGGGCCUAUUUUGGUUUGGCCGUGGCUCGAGUACUUUACCGACCCGGUUUGAGGAACGGACACGAGAACGACGGCUCUGUUUACCACUCGGAUCUGUUCGCUAUGAUCGGGACCGUGUUCCUCUGGAUGUUCUGGCCCAGUUUUAACUCCGCCAUUGCCGAACCAGGCUUCACCCAGCUCACUGCGGUGAUCAACACCUACCUGUCCCUGGCCACCUGCGUCCUCUCUGCCUACGCCAUCUCCAGCCUGGUGGAGCACAAAGGAAAAUUGGACAUGGUGCACAUUCAGAACGCCACCCUGGCCGGCGGCGUUGCCGUGGGAACGUGCGCCGAUAUGAACAUCGGGCCCUUUGGCGCGAUGCUGAUCGGUUUAGUGGCUGGCAUCAUUUCCACACUGGGCUUCAAGUACCUGAGUCCUAUUCUGGCAUCUAGCCUGGGCAUUCAAGAUACCUGUGGGGUGCACAAUCUGCACGGCAUGCCGGGCAUCCUGGGAGGCUUGGCUGGGAUUGUGGCUGUGGCUUUGGGGAAAAAGGAAGGAGGGAAAGCUACCAUGCAAGCCGCUGCCUUGGGUUCGUCUCUUGGUUUCGCUUUGGUUGGAGGGGCUAUCACAGGCUUGAUCAUGAAGUUGCCUAUCUGGGGGCAACCUCCUGACCAGAACUGCUUUGAUGACUCUAUUUACUGGGAGGUCCCUGCGGAAGAAGAGGAAAACGAGGAGAACUUGGCUCAUUCAGAUUUCCCAAAGAACAAAGUAGACGUUUAAAAACUUGGAAGAAAGAAAAAGACAUGGUCAACCCUUAAAAAAUGGAAAUUGUAUCAAAAACCUUCAGGGUCAUUUUUUUUGUUGGACAUUGAAAUCAACAGUUCACAAAAAUAUCAUUGCUUAAUGCUGGCUGGAACGCAGCAACACCUGUAAGCUUUUUUUUUUUUUCCUGUAUUUACCUAAAUACAUUUAAAGGCAUGUUUUUUUUUUUUACAUUGUAUGUUUUUGCUGUCAAGCAUUAUGUUAUCCUUUCAUACCAAGAACAAUUUGACCUCAUCACUCUUACCUUUAGACGUUCAAUGUUCCUGUGAUGAACCAACAUAUGUGGGUGAGAGUGUGUGUAUGCAUGUGUCUCUCCACUGAGGUUUAUUUUGUUACUAUUUGUAUGACAUCAAAUGUAUUCUUCCAUGUACUUAUAAUUUUACACUUUGAUGGAUUGACAUGGUCAGUUUGGUUGUAGCCCUGCAGUGUUGAAACAGCCGGUACACAACUUUUAUUUUUCCAGGAUAAUUAUCAAUAUUUUUGUAUACAAAGGUCAUCAUUUCUAUUACACAAAUAAGUUUUUUCUUUGUGUUAUUUCUGAACAAGGGGCUGCGAGUGUGCUAAAACUGACUACAUUUUAUAGUUACUAAUCAAUUCUGCUUUUUGUUUGGGGGGGGGGGGGUCGUUUAUAAUUCCUAGAAUAAUGAAACGCAUCCAAAUUGUAUAUUUUUAUCCAGUGCUACUUGUAUUUUGCAUAAUGUACUAACACUGCCACAAUAAAUGUUUUGUACAAUUAUUAUACAA